GAUUUUAUGAAUACAAAUUCAAAUAAUAAUAGAAAUAUGAAUUCAAAUAAUAGAGAUUUUACGAAUUCAAAUGCUAAUAACAAUAGGCAUAUGAACAACAACAAUAGAGAUUUCAUAAAUACUGAUUACAAUCCUGAACAAAAUUAUGAUCCUGUACUACCGAAUUUCGGUUUCACAAAUGGUUUUAACACCGGAUCUAACACGAGAAAUCCGAACGUAUCUUUUCAAAGACCUAUAGCCGGUAUCAGUCAAAUUGACUAUGACAGACCAACACACAAAGGCAUGGAUCUUAAUUCCCGUGUAAACGGUAACUCCUUUGUCUAUCCUACGGACAAUCCUUUACUCAAUCGUCCAGGAGUAAAACCUGUGUACGAAGUUGGGCAACCUAUAACGAAUAAACCGAUCAGGAAUAAUAAUGAUGUUUUUGGAACUGGUAAUAUACCUGGUAAUGAUUAUGGAGCUACGAGUAAACCUGAUAAUGGUUAUGGAGGGACUGAGUCUGCGUUUGGGAAUGAUCAGCCCGAAAUUGUGCUGGGAGUUGAUGAAGAGGAUAUGACUGAGAGGCAAAAGAGGAGGUACAUCGAUUUGGCGGAGAAAAUGUGUGACCGCUACAAAGCUCUCACGAUUAAGAAGGUGGUGGCACUUCCUCUCCUGCCCUCACCAGACCCGGUGGAGUUGAAUGUCAGCUCAUGCACUCCCAUCAACGUCCCACUAGUCAUUGGAGGGAAGGUGGUGACCAUAAAGGAGUUCCCCCACAUGGCUCUCGUGGGGUGGAUGAAGACUAGGAACACCGGUUACUCCUGGAAGUGUGGAGGUUCCCUCAUCAGCGACCGGUUUGUGCUGACAGCUGGACACUGCACCUUCCACGAUCGAGACUUCGAUGUGGUCAGCGGCCCCCCUCAAGCCGUUCAGCUCGGCUCCUCGUACCUGGACGACCCCAGCGCUGUCGUCAUCAAGAUUGAGGAGGUCAUCAGACAUCCCAAAUACAAGAUGAGGAGGUCCUAUCAUGAUGUAGCGCUUCUGAAGCUAAAACAGAAAGUCACAUUCUCCGAUGUAAUACGACCGGCGUGCCUGGGUGAAGCGCCACGGGAAGGCGAGAAUAUCAUCGCGACUGGUUGGGGAAGAACGGAAUUUGGUGGAGACCACUCCGAACAGCUCCGCAGCGUUUCCAUUCCUGUGUGGAACAUGCAGGAAUGCCGCGAAAUCUGGGGCACCUCACUCAAACUACCUGAUGGACCAAGACCUGACAGUCAUAUCUGUGCAGGAGAGAAGAGAGGGGGCAAGGAUACUUGCCAGGGUGACUCCGGUGGUCCAAUAGUGCGGGCGUCUGGGUGCGCAUGGCGUGUUGUCGGCGUGACGUCAGUCGGGCGUGCCUGUGGCGCCGCCCAUACACCGGCGCUAUACGCUACCGUACCACGAGCGUUCAUAUCUGCUACUGUCUUCGGGAACUAACAAAACUGGUGCAGUUCCGGAUCAAUCAAGUAGCAAAUGAUAUGGACCCUACUAUUAGAAGUCCGCUACUGAAAUGCAAGUCAAAACUGUCAAGAAACUUUAAGAACUGACAGCAAAACAAAGGAUCCCGUUAGUCGAAUUUGCUACAAGCCCCAUCAUCAUCAUCAUCAGCCUUUAGUAGUCCACUGCUGGACAUAGGCCUCCCCCAAUGAGCGCCAUGGCGCCCUGUCUCCGGCUUGCCGCAUCCAGCAUCCGCCUGCAGUCUUUCGCUACAGGCCCAGCGUUGGUUUAAUCUGGCACUCAAGAGAUGUGAUACUGUUUAAAAAAGACCCUGUUAUUUUGGAAAAAAAACGACUCCCGCACUACGGAAUUGAAUCCUUAUGUCGCGAUUGUUUUACCAACAUUCAAGUCACAUGCACAAGACACCCAGAUUCAGGUCAAGCAUUCGUGGAUCACACAGAUGCUUGUCCUACGCGGGGAUCGAAACCGCGACGCGCUCAGUGAGUUUGGCGUGGUGACCUCUACUAUUUAACUGAUCUAUCCGUUCAGUCUGAAUGUUUUAUAUUUGUGAAAUUGUGAUGAAAUGUGAACCCGACAAUAUAUCUACCUAUUUUAUAAGAA